UAGUGAAUGCAGGGUCCGGGGAGACCGGAUAUAGUGAAUGCAGGGUCCGGGGAGACCGGAUAUAGUGAAUGCAGGGUCUGGAAAGACCAGAUAUAGUGAAUGCAGGGUCCGGGGAGACCAGAUAUAGUGAAUGCAGGGUCCGGGGAGACUGGAUAUAGUGAAUGCAGGGUCUGGGGAGACCAGAUAUAGUGAUUGCAGGGGUCCUGGGUUUAGUAACACUUUAAGUGCAUUGUGUUUGUGAUGAGGAUCAGAUCACAUUUUAGGAAUCUGGAAG